UGCAAGUCUUCUCAUCCCGGGACGCCGAGCUGGAAGCAGCUGCGGGCGCCGGGAGGGAGGAGCUCCGGGGCCCGGGGCCACGGUGCACCCGCGCUGCCCCACCGCGGUCCGCGAUCGCCCGCGCCCGGAAGAAGAGGCCAAAGUUUGCGCGCUGAGCGGCGCUAGCUCCGCCGUAUUGUUUGCAAACUUCGCUCCCCUCCCCCGCCGCCCCCGACUCCGCUGAGGCCGCGCGCCCACCGCGGUGGCCCCGGGCGCCGCGAGCGCUCCGGCCAGACUGGAUGGGCAUGCGCGGGGGCCCGUGCCGGGGCGCGGAGCCGCGGGCAGCAGCAACAGCCCGUGCCCGGGAGCGGCGGCCCUGAGCGGCGCUGGGACACUGCGGGCGCCACCAUGCGACACCCGGGCCCGCGCCUGUGGCUGGUGCUGCAGGUGAUGAUAGGCUCGUGCGCGGCCAUCAGCUCCAUGGACUUAGAGCGCCCUGGAGACGGCAAGUGCCAGCCGGUGGAGAUUCCCAUGUGCAAGGACAUCGGCUACAACACCACCCGCAUGCCCAACCUGAUGGGUCACGAGAACCAGCGCGAGGCGGCCAUCCAACUGCACGAGUUCGCGCCGCUCGUGGAGUACGGCUGCCACAGCCACCUCCGCUUCUUCCUGUGUUCGCUGUACGCGCCCAUGUGUACGGAGCAGGUCUCCACACCCAUCCCUGCUUGCCGGGUCAUGUGCGAGCAGGCCCGGCUCAAGUGCUCGCCGAUCAUGGAGCAGUUCAAAUUCAGGUGGCCGGACUCCCUGGAUUGCAGCAAGCUCCCCAACAAGAACGACCCCAACUACCUGUGCAUGGAGGCACCCAACAACGGCUCGGAUGAGCCCAGUCGUGGCUCUGGCAUGUUUCCUCCGCUCUUCAGGCCCCAGAGGCCCCACAGCGCGCAGGAGCACCCACUAAAGGACGGGGGUCCGGGGCGCGCAGGUUGUGACAAUCCAGGCAAGUUCCACCACGUGGAGAAGAGCGAAUCCUGCGCACCGCUUUGCACUCCGGGGGUGGAUGUGUACUGGAGCCGCGACGACAAGCGCUUCGCUGUGGUCUGGCUGGCCAUCUGGUCCGUGCUGUGCUUUUUCUCCAGCGCCUUCACCGUACUCACCUUCCUCAUCGACCCCUCGCGCUUCAGGUACCCCGAACGUCCUAUCAUCUUCCUCUCCAUGUGCUACUGCGUUUAUUCGGUGGGCUAUAUCAUCCGCCUCUUCGCGGGCGCGGAGAGCAUCGCCUGUGACCGGGACAGUGGGCAGCUGUAUGUUAUCCAGGAAGGGCUGGAGAGCACGGGCUGUACCUUAGUCUUCUUGGUACUUUACUACUUCGGCAUGGCCAGCUCUUUAUGGUGGGUGGUUCUCACCCUCACUUGGUUCCUGGCUGCUGGCAAGAAGUGGGGCCAUGAGGCCAUUGAAGCCAACAGCAGCUACUUUCACCUGGCAGCCUGGGCCAUCCCGGCUGUGAAGACUAUCUUGAUCUUGGUGAUGCGCAGGGUGGCAGGGGAUGAGCUCACUGGUGUGUGUUAUGUGGGCAGCAUGGAUGUCAAUGCUCUGACCGGCUUCGUGCUGGUCCCUCUGGCUUGCUACCUAGUCAUCGGCACUUCCUUCAUCCUGUCCGGGUUUGUGGCUUUAUUCCACAUCCGGAGGGUGAUGAAAACGGGUGGGGAGAACACGGACAAGCUGGAGAAGCUCAUGGUACGCAUUGGGGUCUUCUCCCUCCUCUACACUGUGCCGGCCACCUGUGUGAUUGCCUGCUAUUUUUAUGAACGCCUCAACAUGGACUACUGGAAGAUGCUGGCCACCCAGCACAAGUGUAAGAUGAACAAUCAGACCAAGACACCCGACUGCCUGAUGACCACCUCCAUCCCUGCCGUGGAGGUCUUCAUGGUCAAAGUGUCCAUGCUGCUGGUGGUGGGCAUCACCAGUGGGGUGUGGGUCUGGACUUCCAAGACCUUGCAGUCCUGGCAACAUGUAUGCAGCCGGGGGCUAAAGAGAAAAAGCCGGAGGAAACCAGCCAGUGUGGUCACCAGUGCAGGGAUCUACAAAAAAGCCCAGCACCCCCAAAAACCUCACCUCGGGAAGUAUGAACUUCCGGCCCAGCCUUCAGCCUGCGUGUGAAGGCAGAGCUGGCUGCAAGAACAGGACAGUGGGAGCCCAAAUGGGGCAGCUUUUCUUGUUUGGCUGGUUGUUAAUAAAUCCAAGUAAGAAAAAAAAAUACAUAUAUGUGUAUCCAUAUGUAUAUAUAUAUAUAUAUAUAUGCAUAUAUUUACACAUAUAUGAAGUCUACCUUGAAGUUAAGAACUACAUCCUAGGCUGAAGGUAGAUAGAUGGUUCUGUUCCGUUUGCUGCUUCCCUGAAGGGUUGCUCAUUAAGGAGGGGAGCCUCUUGUGUCACUAAUUUGUGGUAAAGGAGUUGAUUCAACCACCCUGCAGAAAAACGCAUGUUUAGGCCUCAAACACACAGCUGUGUAUUCAGAGAGACGUGGCUGCCUGUACACAAACUUGAGGCUGGAGAGCUCCUUUGCAAGCUAAAGAGCUUCCCUCAGGCCAGCCAAUGAGCUCAACAAAAGGCCUGCUCUCCCUGCCUCCCUCCCCCAGCAAGGCUGCUGUAUGGGUGGGAGUAAAGGUGAGGAGAGGGGUAUAAAAGAAGGGACCCUGAGCCCAAGGUCUGCCUGCAGGUCCCUUAAAGAGAGUCACUUCCCCAGCUUUCAUAGCCAUGUUUCUCCAACACAAAACCCACCCUACCCUCUUCACCCCACUGCAAAUCUAACACUGGAGAAAAGUGGUGUGCAAUACUUUUUUUUUUUUUUUUUUUUUACAUUUCCCCCCUCUCCCUAGCAAAACAAAUGAGAGAGAGAGAGAGAGAGAAAAGUAUUUUGUUGUAAAUAAAAGGCAACAAAAGAAAUCAUCUAACAAAAGAAUUUAGAGGCCCAAGCCUCUGGGUUGGGGGGGGGUGCCUUCAGCCUGAUACAUUUUGUGGCUUUUUAAUGGAAACCAAGCCAGUGUGUUCUACACACUGGGACUGAUUUGUGGAGAGGAAGGGGGAGGAGGGAAGCCAGUGGAGAGCACCAGAGGGCUUAUUGACUCUGAAUUGUUAAACAAAUGAUUUCCAUGAGUGGUCUUGAAGCACUUGGGGAAGACAAACUUUGUCUCCAGCCAGGGAGGGCAAUGCCUGCCUCUGUAUAUCUGUAAUAUAGGAUAUUUUUCAUGCUCCACUAUUUUAUUAAAAAUAAAAGACAUUCUUUAGUUU